AUGAACACCUACGCACAAUGGACGCUGCCGACAACAGACGGCAUACACUCCCUGGAGCUCGACGAGAACAUUCCUGUGAGCUCCCUGCCACCGUUGGGUGACGGUGAUGUCCUGGUCAACAUCAAAGCAGCAGCCCUUAACUACCGAGAACUGGUCAUAGCAAAGGGCACCGUCCCAGGCACAAUCAAACCCAGCAUAGUCCCCUGCUCAGACGGCUCUGGCAUCGUACAAGCCGUUGGCAAGGACGUAUCGGACUUCAAACCCGGCGACCAAGUCCUAACACAUAUGUGCCCUCACAUCCCCUCCACCCAACCCCCCCUCUUCCCCGAAAUAAGUGCAGGUCUCGGACAGAAUGAACACGGUACCCUGCGCCAACUCGGGACCUUCCACCACAGCGCCUUAGUCCCCACACCCGCGAAUGUUAGCCAUGAGGAAGGCUGUACACUCACGUGCUCCGGCCUCACAGCCUACAACGCCCUCUUCGGCCUGCGCGGGAAAGAAGUCAAGGCUGGGGACUGGGUGCUCGUACAAGGCACUGGAGGCGUGAGUAUCGCCGCUUUGCAAUUCGCUGUAGCGGCUGGUGCCAACGUUGUGGCCACUACUUCUAGUAAGGAGAAAGCUGAGAGACUUAAGGGAUUGGGCGCGAGAGAGGUGGUGAAUUAUCGAACGGACUCAUCCUGGGGCAUCACCGCUCGCACCUUCACACCAGAGAACUGUGGCUUCGACCUGAUAGUCGACAUAGCAGGCGACGAGUCCCUCCCACAGUCACUCGCAGCCAUUCGCGCAGAUGGCGCUGUAGUCGUUGCCGGGAUCUUGGGCGACUCUGCUGCAGAGACUGUGCCCAUGCUCGGUUGCUUAUGGCAAGGCUGUAUUGUCCGUGGCCUUUUCUUGGGGGCCCGGCAGCAGUUCCGGGAAAUGGUCAAGUUUGUGGAGGAGAAGGAUGUUCAUCCCAUUGUUGACGAGAAGGUGUUUGAGAUGAAGGAGGCCCGUCAAGCAUUCGAAUAUCUGGAGCAGAGGAAGCAUUUUAGUAAAGUCGUUAUUCGAGUAUCGUAG